CUUUCCUGUCCUGCUCUUUUGUACAUGCUCUUUUGUACAUACUCAGCAGUCAAUAUGACUGGGUCUCAGUCCAACCCCGAAACAACAAUUACCCCCUCUUUGCUAGGACUCCCACCAGAGAUGAGGGUCAUGAUAUACAAAGAACUACUUCAAAUCGGUCAAACACAUACCACGUUCGAAGUACCUGUUCCGUGGAUUGAAUCAAAAGAAGCAGAUCCAGCUCGGCCGAAGGAAAAAGAAUCGAUCCUAGCUCUAGCUCAACAUAGCGAGGAAAACGAAGCAACCCCAGCUCCGCUCUCCAGAAUAACGCUCCUAGCAAAAUCGAUCCCAUGCUCUAUCGUAGCUACUUGUAAACAAAUCCACUCUGAAGCCCAACCCAUACUCCAGCGAAGUCAAACCGACAUCCUCAACCAACAGCCCAGGCUCAUCCUGGAUCUAGAAACCCUUGGAAGGUUCUGUGCGCCCUUAUCUUCACCGAGCGACGAAAUCCUCCGGGCUCUGCUUGGGUGGUCGCCAAAUGGCGAAGUAUUCCGGGACCUGGUUGGUUGGUUUACAGAGGUGAACAAAAACCCAAGCUAUGGUCUAGGGUUCAGCGACUAUCUGGAGAACAAUGGUUUCGCUUCUCGCGAGCCCAUAUCAGCCUGGCCGCCGAGAAUACGCCUAGGAAUCUCGCGGUUCACUGAGCAGGCGAAAAAAGCGCUCAUCCACCAAUGGAAUCAAGUUCAACAAUUUCCUGUAAUAACGCCAAGCCCCCGAACUGGCCUCGAAAUCGGGAUAGUGUUCCCCGAAGAUUGGGAGAGCCUUCGGUUUGGGAGGGAUGGACUGCCGUUACGGCUACGGCUUGUGGUACCCUCGCUGCCAGUUCCUGAGGGAGGUGGGUCCAAGAAAGAAUGGUGCAGUGCACUUCUCAUGGGGGUUAUUCUGGGCGAAGCUGCGUUUGGGAGUCGAGAAGAUCGCGUGAGGUUGGGGCCUAUGAGGGUCGGGAAUCCUGUAGGGAAGAGGGAGUGGUAUAGAGAGUGGCAAGAGGGAAAGUUGUUGGGGAAAGCGCCCUAGGUUGAAACUAGGCAAUGUAUUCGCGUUAUUUGAGCAUUUUGAGCUCAUGUGGACGAAACGAGGUUAAUGUAUCUUGGUAGUGUGAAGAUAGCUUCGGCCGUAUAAGAUAGAAGGAGAAGAGUUGGAAUACCCUUGCUAGAAGUUGGAGCAAGGCAAUUGGUUUCUCUGAGGAUGCCUUCCCUUGUAC